GGAAAAAAGUAUUGUUAUUGAUCAUAUUCAUAAAGCUGAAGUUUCAGCUCCCUUGUGUAGUUUUCAGGUUAUGGCACUGAUAAUAAGAUCACUGUUAGAUUUCCUAGUUAUUUCUUCUAUUAGUUUGGUGGUUCUUCAACAGAAAAGCAACGGUGAAGAUCAAUUACUGAUGCUUCAGAAACCACGAUUAAUGAAAUGCAGAUUUGAUAAAAUAUUUCAAUUGGGUGACUCACUCUCUGAUACAGGCAACUGCAUAAGAGAAAAUCUUUGUGCUCGAGGUUUUCUGUGUGGAAGAUUUCCUUAUGGAAUGAAUUUUUUCCAGAAUACUACUGGACGUUGUUCUAACGGCAUGCUCAUGAUUGAUUUCAUAGCACUGGAAUCUGGUUUACCUCUCCUAAAUCCCUACAAGCUUCAAAAUGCAAAUUUUAAACAUGGUGCGAACUUUGCAGUAGCAGGAGCUACUGCUUUAUCGACUGAAAAUCUGGCAGAGGAAAAGAUUGUUAAUUCAGUAACCAAUAGUUCAUUGAGUGUACAACUUGAUUGGAUGUCUACUCAUUUCAAAAGCAGCUACCCCACUGAUCGCCUAUCAAAAUUGAAGAAAUCUCUUUUCCUAGUUGGAGAAAUAGGAGGAAAUGAAUUUAAUUAUGGCUUAUUCAAAGGUAAAACGCUAAAAGAGCUCCGAAGCAUGGUGCCAAAAGUUGUUCAGACCAUCAUUCAAGGUGUUAGAACAGUCAUUAGUUUUGGGGCUACUCGAAUUAUUGUUCCAGGCAACUUCCCAAUUGGUUGUCUCCCAAUUUUCCUAACGCAAUUCAGGACCAGCGAUUCAACUGCAUACGAUGAGUACCAUUGCCUGCAAGAUUUAAAUGAUUUAGCAAUCUUCUUCAAUGAUCAUUUGAAACAAGCUAUUCAAGAGCUAAAAGAAGAGCAUUCAAACAUUGCACUCGUUUAUGGUGACUACUACAAUGCCUAUAUGUGGUUUCUACAAAAUGCCAUGUUUCUUGGAUUUGACAAAAACUCUUUACUGAAAGCUUGUUGUGGAAUAGGAGGAGAUUAUAAUUAUGACGUACAUAAUCAAUGUGGAGCUAUAGGAGUUUCAGUGUGCACUGACCCGAGUACUUACAUCAGUUGGGAUGGAGUUCAUUUAACAGAAAAAACAUAUAGUUGGUUGGCAAGAUGGCUAAUUGAUGACAUGUUACCCAAAUUGAACUGUCAUGUUUAGGUUCAAACUCUUUAACUUUUUGCCAAAGUACACAUAAUAAAUCUUUCGUUAAAUCUAGUCAAAUAUUCCGAGUUGUUUUAA